AAAUAGAGGCAACCUUUGAGAUUGGACUGGGUAGGAAAGGCAUUUAAAAAAAACUCCUGAUGGGGAUACGUGAAUUUCAAAGAGAGCCCGAAACACAAUGACAAAUGUCCUGGCGAAGUAUCCCGAAGCAAACCCGGAGGACGGGGGUGUGUAUUGGCCCAGUCCGAGAUUAAAAUGAAUAGGAAUCCCGUCUGUCCCUUUACGCUUUGAUGUCCAGCUGCCGGCAGCUCCAUUCAUUACACCUGAAAUCCACAUCGUUGGCGAGCAGCGGGGACGGCCGCGUCAUGCUCGGCUAUAAAGCAGCCACUUGCGGGCAGCUCGCUAACUCCAAGAGAGAUCUUGCUGCAAGCUGGACGGGUUCCGAGCACAAGAAGCAGGACUGACUGGGUGGAAAAUAAAAUUAACAUAAGCACGCGUUAAACAGAGAGAGGAGGAGAAGAAACGCAUGUACUUUGGGAUUAAAGCGCGCUGUGUUUGACAACAAGGACUCGAGUAAAGGACUUUAGUAAAACCAGCCAAGCCCACAGCGGAGGGCGACCUGCCUCAGUCCGAAGAAUUUCUGCCCCCUCCCCGUUCGUCUUUUUGACUUCGGACAGUUUCACCAACUCGCCCCGAGGAAGGCAAGGUCUUGGCAGGAACGGGCGAGCUUGGCAGCUGGGUGACGGCGCUGGUUAUCUGGCUGUUUUUUUCGGUGGGGAAUGGGAUUGGAGAUGGUUGUUUGGAUUGGCUGCGGUAUCCUGGUGCUGCUCCAGUGGCGACUGUGCAGCGCAAUCCACUGGCUUGGCAUAGCGGUGAGCGGCGCAGCUUUGGGCUGGAACCAGACUCAACAUUGUAAAGUGGCGUCGUGUCUGGUGCCGGAUCAGAUGCAGCUCUGCCGGAGGAACCUGGAGCUCAUGCACAGCACAGUGUUCGCGGCCAAGCAGACGUGGCUAAUGUGCCAGAACACCAUGGCCGACAUGAGGUGGAACUGCUCCUCCGUUCAUUUAGCGCCCCAUUUCAAUCCGGAUUUAAACCGAGGAACAAGGGAGUCAUCCUUUGUCUACGCCCUCUCCUCUGCUGCCCUCAGUCACUCUAUCGCCCAGUUCUGUGCCUCGGGGGAGUUGCCCACUUGCUCCUGUGGUGUGAUCCCAGCAGAGGUAUCGGGGCCUGACUUCAGGUGGGGCGGCUGUGGAGACAACCUCCGCUACGGACUGCAGCUGGGCUCGGUCUUUGCAGAUGCACCAAUGAAAGGAGGUAGGACUGGAACUCAGGCCAACAGGCUGAUGAACAUGCACAACAAUGAAGUCGGCAGACAGGUGUUGAUCGAUUCAUUGGAAACCAAAUGCAAGUGCCAUGGUGUUUCUGGUUCCUGUUCGGUGAAAACCUGCUGGAAGGGAUUACAGGGUCUACACAAAAUUGCUAUGGAGCUGAAAGCCAAGUACCUGGCAGCCACCAGAGUGAUCCACCGUCAUGUCGGCACUAAGAAGCAGCUGGUGCCUAAAGAGCUGGACAUAAGGCCAGUGAGGGAGAGCGAGCUAAUAUACCUGGCGGGCUCACCUGACUACUGUACAGCGAAUGAAAAACAAGGCUCCUAUGGCACUCAAGAGAGGCAAUGCAACAAAACGUCGCUGGGCAGUAACAGCUGUAACCUGAUGUGUUGUGGCCGGGGAUAUAAUGCAUACACAGAGACGAUUAUUGAGAGAUGCAGCUGCAAAUAUCACUGGUGCUGUUACGUAACGUGCAAAAAGUGUGAAAGGACUGCAGAGAGAUACGUGUGUAAGUAACUCCCAAGGAACCUGCAGGACAAAAAGGCAUCAUAGCACUGCAAUAUCUGAGGACAUAAACAAUAGGGUAUGAUUUAAAAGCCUGGAGACUGGUUGCCAAAGUAAGACCAAUGUUCCUUGAAUACUACUGGGAAAACGAGUGGAAUUGAGAUUAAAAUUUCUAUUUUGAAAGAAAAGGAGUCAAAAUCAAGAAGUCAAGAGGAAGGACUCUUUGUGUAUGCCCUCUCCUCUUGCUAAUUAUCUUCAAAAGGUUGGCGAAUGGGCACAUCUUCAAUUGUCGCAAAGAUUCCUUUGUUCCCUUGCUGUGUUCGGUGAGCUGGCGGACAGCCUAAAGGCUUGUGAGCACAAGUGCCAGUUAUAACCGAGAAAGGAGAAUGGAAAUGAGAAACGAGCUGUGAUCAAUAAUGAUCGAUUGGUGAAGAACGAGGAAGUGAUGAAUAAAAGCCCAGUCAAAAGAAGUGCUGCUUACUCUGGGAAACAUUAAACGGGCCACACACCCUACAGCACGGAGACAAGCAAACGCUGCACUGGGACACAUCCCCACUAAAUCCUGACAGUGACAUUUUCAGUACAGCACAAGAGAUCCCAAAGAUACAGCACACUCUCCAUCUUGUUGGGAAUAUAAUUUGAAGACUGAUAAAAUAUGUUAAAUUCCAAUGUGUUGGAGCCAACUACAGUGUAUAAUAAAUGUGCCAGCCUACCACUUGAUAAAGGACAUGGUUGUAAUGUUGUAAAGCUUCCAGUGUUCUGUCAGUUCUUAUUUAUAGAUGUGAUUUUUGUGGGGGGUGGGGGUGAGGUGGGAGAGAGCAUGUUUUUCACAUAGGCUGAAGCAGCCAGUUUUGGUGAGGAUAUUGUUAAUAUUCUCACAGGGAGUUUUGCCAUAUUAACAGUUUCAGGAUUGUUGCAGCCAAAACAUCCCUCCACUCUGUGUUUUUGUAAUGUCUGCUUAUUUAUUUUGCUAAAUAAAACAUUUUUAAAAGUUCUGUGAAAUAUU